AAAAAAAAAAAAAAAAAAUUUCCAGUUGGUAAAAAGGAGAGACAUGAUAUCAUGCAUGCAUAUGUACAUGUGUACCUAUACAUAUAUGAAUUUGAUUGUAUGUGUUUGUGUAUGACGUUUUUCCUAGCUUAUAAAAAGAAUAACUUUAUAUGUCAAAUAUUGUUUGUAACUAUUUAUUAACAAUUAAAAAAUACAAAUGUGAAAAUAAUUUUCAGUUUUUCAUGGUUAUAAUAUAUGUGGGUCUUUUGAUAAAUUUCAACUAAUUCUAAUUUCUAAAAAAUUCAGUGUGUCCAAUAGAUUAUUCACUGCAUCAUAAUAAUAAAUAAAAAAAAAAAAACCACACUAGUUUUUAAUGUUGUGUUGUUGUUGUUAAUCAAAUAUUUUUAUGAUUGAUGAUAAAACAAUUAUAAACAUUAGUGUAGAAUAAUAUAUGAUUAUCAAUAAUUUACAUAUAAAUUUAAAUUAAAUUUCAACUGUGUAGUGCGUCUUUAUAUUAUUUUCAAAAUGGGUAGCAGUGCACAACUGUAUAGCCUGUCAUGGGGUGAAUUUAGUUCAUCAUUGACAGCAGCAGUGCAAGUACUACGAGGACAUGGUGAUCUUGUUGAUGUUACACUGACUGCUGGUGGUAAAAGUUUUCCAGCUCACAAAAUAGUACUGUCAGCAGCAAGCCCAUUUUUACUUGAAGUGCUAAAGGAAACACCAUGUAAACAUCCAGUUGUAAUGCUAGCUGGAAUAGAUCCAGAUGAUUUAGAAUCAAUAUUAGAAUUUGUUUAUCAUGGUCAAGUUAAUGUUGAUUCAUCACAGUUACCAUCAUUAUUACAAGCUGCUCAUUGUUUAAGUAUUCAUGGUUUAAGUCCACCAACAUUAAUAACUGAUGAUGGUGAACAAGUACCAGUUGCAGCAGCAAUACCAGAAACAACACUUAUUGAAGAACCAGAAUUAAUAAAAAUUAAUCAAAUUAAUAAUAAUCAAUUAGGUGUAAAUAAAAAAAAAAAACGUAGAAAAUCAUUAUCAUUAACAACAACAACGACAACAGCAACAAAUAAAUGGCCACGUAUUGAUAAUUGUACAAAUGAUGAUAAUGAAGAAUUAUUAUGUAUAACGAAAGAACAAAGCACUGAAGAAGUUAUUGAGGAUGAGGAUGAAACAAGCUGGGCAAUAAAUCAAUCUACAACAUCUGACAAUGGUCAACAAGAACAAAUUAUUGAGUUAAAACAACAUUUACAUAAUUUAUUACCAUUACAACAAUAUUCACCUCUUCAUAUACCAUCAUAUCCUGGCUCAAUGAGCAUUGGAAUGAUACAAUCAGCAACACCAAUAGCAACAACAACAGGAACAACAACAACAGCAAUAUUAUCAACAUCACCUUCAUCUUCAUCAUCGUCAUUGUCAUUUCCAGUUAUACAACAAGGUGUAUCAACAUCUAGUCUUGUAACAAAUUCAAUAACAUCACCACCACCACCAACACCAACACCACAGUUAUCAUCUACACCAUCAUCAUCAACAACCACAACAACAGCUGCUGCUGCUGCCGCUGCGGCUGCUGCAGCAGCUAAAAUACGUGGUGCAUCUGAUUGUCCUGGACAGUGUUCAUUUUGUGGUGCAACAUUGAGACAAGCUAGAAAUUUAAGAAGACAUAUAUUAUCAUCAUGUAAAUAUCGUUUUAAUAAUCCAUUAGCUCAACAAACAGUGAGUGAUCAAAUGGUUGUUGAAAUUAAACCUGAAAUUGACAUGUCUGGUUUUAUGGGACAAAGCUAUAUGACUGACAGUGGUGGUAGUAAUAGUUGUGAUCAAAUUGUUUAUAAAACGACAACAAUAACAACAACUGAAACUGAAACUCCAUUACCAUCACCUACUGAAGCUGAUAUUAAUUCACAACAUCACAAUGGCUCCUCACCAACUGAUGCAAGAUAAAUUACUUUUUUUUUUUUUGCAAAUUAUAUUGACAUCAAUAUUAUAUAUAUUUUUUUUUAUAUUUUAUUUUAUAUAUAACAUUUAGUUAUAUUAUUAUUAUUAUGUUUAUUUUUUUUCUAUGUUUACUAAUUAUUGUUAUUUAGCUUAAAAAUAAAACAACAUUUUUGCCUUUAAUAUUAUUUUUUUUUUUUAUUUACCUGAAAUCAAGAUUGAAAAAAAAAUUGAAUGAAUGACAAAGAUUUUUUUUUUUAAAUGGGAACACCAGGGUGGUGCUGUUCUAUUUGUAUAGAAUAAUUAAAAAAACUUGUAAUUUAUAAUUAUUAUAAACACUUUUGUAAAUAAAAAAUCAAUUUUAAACAGUGAUAAAUAAAUGAAUAAAUAAACUGAUUUAAUUAAUAAU